UUAAGCAGCUGGAAAGGAAGGCAAUUGUUAAGCAUUUUGGAACUGAAAGCAUGUUAGCGUAUCAUUUUCCUGAGGAGGAGUCAGAGCAGGCAGGGCAGUGGAGGAUUAGACCUUAACAAGCGAGAAGACACACACAGAGCAGGAGCUCUCCACAGCAAGGGAGAGGCGUGAGUAGAGCACCUGUCUAACACGCUGAGGAAUGAAUACACACUCUUAAGCUCUAUGUGUGGCUCCACUCAGAGUUUUCCAGCUGCCACACAGCAUAGUUCGGAUAUUUUAACUGCAGAGGAAUCGCAAGAGACUGGAGAGUUCACCAUGAAAAUGGAUGUGGAAGAUGCUGAUAUGACAAAGUGGACAGAGUUAGAAUUUGAAGAGAAGUGUACGUACAUUGUAAAGGACCAUCCCUGGGAAUCCAGCACUGACAGUGGAAGCUUGACCCGAGCUGAAGCCUCACUACCAAGAAACUUGCUUUUCAAACAUGCACCUAACUCCAAAGAGGUGAUUGGUGUUACAAGCAAGGAAUACAUACCAAAAGGAACGCGCUUUGGGCCCCUUGUAGGCGAAUCAUACACAACUGAGACUGUUCCCAAGAAUGCAAACAGAAAGUACUUUUGGAGGAUCUAUUGCAAUGGAGAGUUUCAUCACUUUGUGGAUGGUUUCAAUGAGGAAAAGAGCAACUGGAUGCGUUAUGUGAACCCAGCACACUCUCAGCAGGAGCAGAACCUGGCUGCCUGCCAAAAUGGAAUGAACAUUUACUUCUACACCGUCAAACCUAUUCCAGCCAACCAGGAGCUGCUGGUGUGGUACUGCCCAGAGUUUGCUGAACGUCUGCAUUACCCGCCCUCUGGGGACCUUAUGAUGCUGAAGCUCAAACAGAGCCUUAUGGAAGCAAAGCAAAAUGCAACAGAGACUGACAGUAUCCAGGAGAAAAGCUCAGGGAAGAAAGAACACAGUGUUUCAGAGAUCCUGAAGGGAACAAGAAGAGACCCCGUGCGACCACAGUCAAGUCCCACAAAGUCCUUGCAGGAUUCACCCAAGAAACCCAGCUUGGAGCAGCCUUUCUUCCCCCGAGUGGUCUACCCCGUUCGCCCACACAUCAAUGAAGAAUACUUGAAAGCCAAUACUGUGUAUGGUUUAGACCGUCCAAGUUAUGUCACCCACUCCCCUGUUCAGUCUUCUGCCACUCCCAGCCCUUCAGCCCGCAGCAGCCCAGAGCACAGCCUACAAAGCAGCAGCCCACACAGCAGCCCAGGCCUCACCCUCUCUCCUCCAACCCCCUCCUCUCAGGAACACAAAGAGGGCUUUCCAUUCCCCAAUGGACUUUACAGCCGGGGUGGUUUGGGUCAUUACCCAGGUUAUACCCCACCUAGCCACCUUGGCCCUGCCUUCUUACAUUCAUAUAGCUCAGUGAGUCCUCACUAUUCCAGGUACCUGUUACCCCACUAUCCAGUUGGUUGCAACAGCAUAACCAGCCUGAAUGGGUUGGGUGCUGGGCCAGUGGGAAGUCUCUUUCCACGUAUGUACCCUCUCUACAGCAAUCUGCUGUCAGGGGGCAGCCUGUCCCAGCACAUGCUAAGCCAGUCCCCUCUUCCCAGCAUGCUGCCUUCAGAAGGGGGGCGACGGCUCCUGUUCCCCUCUGAGCCUCACAGGGAUUUGCUUAUUCCGGCGCCGAACAGUGCCUUUUCUGCCACUGGCCUGGCCUCCUCCCUCAAGGAUAAGCCAUCCAGCCCCAGCAAUGGGUCUCCCACUGCUGGAACAGCUGCCUCCUCCUCAGAGCAUGGCAUGCCUACAAAACCUACCUCAGCCAUGCUUGCCAGCAGCAGGAGUGAAGAAGAAGCCAUAAACCUGACCAAGAUAAAGCGCAACAUUACCGGCUACAAGACUCUGCCUUAUCCCUUGAAGAAGCAGAAUGGAAAGAUCAAAUAUGAGUGCAAUGUCUGCAGCAAAACCUUUGGGCAGCUGUCAAACCUAAAGGUGCACCUUCGAGUCCACAGUGGGGAGAGACCCUUUAAAUGUCAAACCUGCAAUAAAGGAUUUACACAGCUAGCACACUUACAGAAGCACUAUCUGGUCCACACAGGGGAGAAGCCUCAUGAAUGUCAGGUUUGCCACAAACGCUUCAGCAGCACCAGCAACUUAAAGACCCACUUGCGGCUGCACUCUGGAGAGAAACCAUACCAGUGCAAGCUGUGCCCAGCGAAGUUUACACAAUUUGUCCACCUGAAACUACACAAGCGACUGCACACCCGUGACCGGCCACACAAGUGCCUGCACUGUCACCAUAGCUACAUUCACCUGUGCAGCCUCAAGGUCCACUUGAAGGGUAACUGCCUGGCUUCCCCAAACCCUAGAGGCCGCUCCCCCGAGGAGCUCAAUCAUAUCAAUGAAGAGAUCGAAAAGUUCGACAUCAGUGACAAUGCCGACCGCUUGGAAGAGAUGGAUAACGUGGAUGUGGAGAGUGCUGUGGAAAAGCAGAUCCUUAACAUGCUGUGGAGGGAGAUGGACCUCAAGGCUUCAUACCACAAGAGCAUGGGCAAUGGGCUGCGAUCCACAGGCUAUGGCUUGUACGAACCCAACAAUGAGACCUCCGUCAUCAAGUUGCCUCACAGUAGCCCACUACCUCUUUUAUCUAUAAAGGUUAAACAGGAAUCUCUAGAACCCAUAGACCCUUGAAACUGACUGCCUAUCUUACUAAAAAUAUUAAAGAUAUUUAUGACUCUCUUGAGAGCCAGGGUGCCUGUAGCAAUUCAAUGUACGCAGUCAACGUCAUUGUUACAUAGCAAACUUGGCUUCCUCUGUCAGGGGACCUCAAUUCUCAGGGCUUAAAGAGGCAUUGAUAUGGACUAUUUAUAGUCAUUUUUUCCACUUAUGUUAAAGACAAUCAUUAAUAGAUGAUUUUGUUUUGUUGUUGCUCAAUUAUAUAUCUUCCUUAAUUUAUUAAUAUUUUUCAUUGUUAAAAGCAAUAAUUGGAAAUAAUGUUUACAAUGACUGGGUGAUUCAUUGUAAUUGAAUAUGUUAUUUUUUUGUUGCCAUUCUUUAUAGAUGUAUACUUUCUGCACAUCCCUUUGUCACACUAGGAAGUAAUUUUCUUAAGAAAGAGAAAUGCACGGUAGUGACAAUGAGAACAGUAUUCAGGGUUUUACAAAACGGAAGAAAAAAAGAAAGGAUUUUUGCUUUGCCAAAGGUGGACAUUUGAAAUGAUGAACCAUGGGGAUCAUUUGUGUAAAAAUGUGGUGUAGUGUUUUGUUUUACUUCCUUUUUCCUUGUGAGACUUUCCUCUUCCUCAGUAUUUGUAUUUGUAUAGAGUUGUGGUUAAUUUAAUUGAAAACAAAAGGGCAUUUUUGUAUAUUUUCAACAACAGUUACCUCAAUUUGUGUGUCCAGUGAUGAUGGGGAGGAGCUGUAAUAUUUAUCGCUUUGCUACUUGAAGAGUUAAACCAAAUGUACAAAAGCCCAGCUUUCAGUUUGGCCCAAAGAAUAGGAGAAAUCCUUUUAGAUGUAGCAUGUCAGCUGCAAAACUGGGAAUGUUAUUUAUAAAGAGAAUUAAAGCAGUCAACACCAAAAUGAGAUAUUUGAACUUGGGUUUUCUGAUAUGAGGCUAGUUACCAAAGUUCAGUUUCUUUCAUAUACCAAAAAAGAGAAAAUACUGCUUAUGUAAAUAAUAGUUAAGUUACUUGGCCAGCAUCUGUAAUAUAGCUUUUUCAGUGUUUAAAACUCCCCAUUGCUCACAUUUAUAGCACAGACCAAAGCAUCACUACUCUGUCUCUGGACACACUACUUCCUUAUUGUUCACUCUUUUGAUAGAAUUUCACACAUUCUUUUCGGCAAUAGCUUAAAGAUCAAGCUUUACGAUUGUCACCCUGCUGACUGCAUUAUUCACAACAGCGCCACUGAAUGUAGCCACACAGCAGUUGAAAGCUUUUCUUGAUCUAUGACCAAAGUUUCUUCAGCUUCUGCUUCAAUCAAUAGAGGAAAAACUGUUUUGUAUGUUUACAAACUGGUUUACAUUGUUAUUUAUGUGCAACUUGUCAAAAUUGUAAAUUAUGAUAUAAAUGUUCAUUGUUCUAUCAGCA